AUGCAUCUGAUGGGCAGUGUCAUAGUAUGCCUCAGUGUUUUGGGGGGUAUAAAGUUGCUGUCCCCCCCCUGGCUCUUCGGCCUGUCGUUGGGGCUGGGGCUCUGUAUGGCCUGGGGGGCUUCCUGGAAGUUCAUUCAUGUAGCUCUAUGCACCAUCAAAAGAGACCUGAUGUGUCUGGUUGCUAUAUUGCGAGUGAGGGUUUCCAUGAACCGAAAUCUGCGAAAUAGAAGCACUAUCCCUAGCCUGUUUGCCCAGAUGGUGACACUGCAUCCAGACAAAUCUGCCUUGAUCUGUGAGGCCACUGGGGAGGUUUGGAGUUUCAGGGAGCUACAGAAACGAUGCCAUGCUGUCGCACACUGGGCGCUGGCACAAGGCUGGGCUGAGGGUGAUGUGGUGGCCUUGUACUUGGAAAGCCAGCCUUUAGUGGUGGCUCUAUGGUUAGGCCUGGCUAUGGUCGGUGUAGAGGCCGCACUCAUCAACCACAACCUUCGACAGCACUCACUGCUUCACUGUGUCGGUCUGUCUGGUGCUCGGGCAAUUGUAUUUGGAACAGAGCUGACUGAAGCGGUGUCAGAGGUGAGAAGCUCUCUGCAGCCCACCAUGCUUUUGUUCAGCAGUGGUGAGCGGCAGGAUGAGGUGAAGCUUUGUAGCCUGCGUGUUCAGAGCCUGGAUGCCCUGCUGGCCGCUUCACCCAAGCACCCGCCAAACUACACACUCAGGAAGGGGUUUAAUGACAGACUCUUUUACAUCUACACUUCUGGUACAACGGGAUUGCCAAAGGCAGCUGUAGUGGUGCAGAGUCGGUAUUUUCGCAUCGCUGCCUUUGGUUUCCACUCCUUUGGGCUGCGGCAUGAUGACAUCAUUUACAACUGCCUGCCCCUGUAUCAUUCUGCAGGUACCAUCAUGGGUGUGGGCCAGUGUUUGCUCUUUGGUUUGACUGUCGUUGUCAGGAGGAAGUUCUCAGCCAGUCACUUCUGGGAUGACUGUGUUAAACAUAACUGCACCGUAAUCCAGUACAUAGGCGAAAUCUGCCGUUACUUGUUGGCCCAGCCGGUCCGCCCAUCUGAGGCACAUCACCGGGUCCGUGUUGCCAUAGGUAAUGGCCUCCGUCCCUCUGUGUGGGAGGAGUUCGUCCAGAGAUUCAGAAUCCGAAGAGUUGGGGAAUUUUAUGGCGCCACCGAGUGCAACUGCAGCCUGAUCAACAUAGACGGCAAAGUAGGGGCAUGUGGCUUCAACAGCCGCAUCCUGCCCGGCUUUUACCCCAUCAGACUGGUCAGGGUGCAGGAGGAGAGCGGGGAGCUACUCAGGGAUUCACAGGGACUAUGUAUUCCUUGUCUGCCUGGUGAGCCAGGUAUGUUAGUGGGACGCAUCGACUAUACUGAUCCGCUCAGGAGGUUUGAUGGGUAUGCUGAUAAGGAUUCCACCAAUCAAAAAAUAGCUCAAGAUGUCUUCAAGAAGGGAGACUCUGCUUAUAUCUCAGGUGACGUGCUGGUGAUGGAUGAAUAUGGCUACAUGUAUUUCAGGGACCGCAGUGGGGACACAUUCCGAUGGCGAGGGGAGAACGUUUCCACCACAGAGGUGGAGGGAGUACUCAGUGGCCUGCUGGCACACACUGAUGUAGCUGUCUAUGGAGUUUCUGUACCAGGUGUGGAGGGAAAGGCUGGUAUGGCAGCAAUAGCUCAUGCAGGAGGCCAGUUUGACCUCGAUGCAUUCUUGAUUACUUUACAGAAAGCCCUGCCCUCCUAUGCACGCCCGGUCUUCCUUCGACUCAUGCCAUCUGUUGACGCUACAGGCACGUUCAAAAUUCAGAAGAUGCGGCUACAGAGGGAAGGAUACAAGCCACAAAACUCGAGUGAAAAGAUUUAUUUUCUGAACAGUCGUGCUGGGUGUUAUGAGGCUGUCACUGACGAACUGCAUAAUGCCAUCAUGGAGGGGAAAGUUUGUCUAUGAGACAGGAGGCUAAGAAGGAGAUACAAACUGUUGAAGAGGAUGUUUGUAUGUUUCAAAGGGGGUAAAAAAGAAAGAAAAUACAUUGAUGUAUUUAUAGGGAUUUAGUAACGACUGCAUCUCGAUAAAUACUGAUGAAUGUGGAAACACAAAUGUGUUGCUGUAUUUGGCAGUCAAGUAAACGCUAUUUUUCAACGAAUUUGAUGC